AUGGAAGACGCGCAUAAUGAUAAUUCGAUGACGGUGGGUGAUUAUGAGCAAAUCGUGACUGGGGAUAAAUUGGACAUUCCUUCUAGUAGUUCAAGUAAUUCGCCUAAAACUAAACGAAUAUAUAGACUCAGAAAGACUAAAGCCGCGGCUGCUGCUGCUGCUAUGGGGUUGCCGAGAAGUGCUAUUACUUGUGCUCCAAUCGAUAAAGAGGGUCGUUUUAGAAAUCCUAACAUAUCGUUUGUGUUAUGUGAGAGAGAUAAUAUGGGCCGUGGGAAUCAGAGUGAGUCAAACGAGUCAUCGCAGACUAAUGUCGGAAACGAUGCCGGUACACAUGGGUUGAGAUCUGCAGGAGCCGAAAAG